AUGUCCUUAACAAAUGCUCAAAAAGUAAAGGUUAUGCAACAUUUUAAAAGUAAAGGAUCUCUUUUAAUUUAUGACAGAAAAUUAGAAAAAAACACCAUUUUAGAUAUAAAUAAUAAAAAACUAAGAAGCUAUAUUCAAUCCCUUAAGGAUAAAGGUUAUAUCGAAGAGCAUUAUGUAUGGCAACAAUUAUAUUGUUUUGCUACUGAAAGUGGUAUGAAAUAUUUUAACGACGAACUAGAAAUUCCUGAUGUGCAUGAUGAUGGAAUCAGAAUUGAAGCAAUUCAAGUAAAAGAGGAAUAA